AUGACAACCAUCCACAGCACCAAUGAAGGGCCCCAAGGGGCACAGAGGAUCCUCCAAAAAAUGUACAGAAGAAAAAAUGAUAAGCAACAACUAACCAUGAACCUAACGGAAUUUAAAUUCUAUGACUAUGAAACGAAAGAACUUAGAACCAUAGAAGCAUCUCCCUGUAGAAAGUACAUAUGUAUAUGUGACUCCUUUGGGGUUAUAUAUGUGUACAAAUUUUAUAAGAACCAGUUCUUGUACUUGCUGCAGCUGCAUGCACAUGUGUCACAGAGCUCGAUCAUGUCAAUUAUGUGGAUUAGCAAAAAGAACCGGAAGAAGAAGCAUUUGUUUAUGCAGAACGAAUGGAAAGACUACGUUCUGGCCAUUACGACUCUAUGUGGUGAGAUCGUUCUGUACGAUUUGGAGAAUCAAAACAAACUGCAAAGUAUCUCCAGCAACGGGAGUAUCUCCUGUGCCAAACUGAAUAAUAGCCUUCAAUAUUUUGGCGUCACCAAUUUGGAUGGCUACUUUUACCUGUACAACAUAUACAGCAACGUGGGCAGGCGCAUGUACAACUGCUUCGACCGCUUCCACGAGGGGGGCUUGCCCAACGUCGAUAACGUUAGUGACGUCGACAACGUUAGUGAGGUUAGCAACGUUAGUGACAUUAGCGACGUCAGCAACGUCAACGAUGAUGCAUAUAACAGUGACCGGAACGAUGGGAGUAACGAAAACGCACAGGAGCGACCGGACAAAAGAAUCAAACUGUCCACCGAUCUUACGAAGUAUUUGGAGGAGGAUGCCUCGUCACAGGGAGAAGACGCAGAGAGCGCCCCGACAGUGACCCCAAAGAAGUGGCACGUAUUCUCCCCCCGAACGGGGAAAACAGAAAGGAAAAACCAAACUGGUGAAACGUUUAACAUAUUUAUUAAGAACAGAUUCAAGUGCAGGGAGAAGUUGGUCUGUUUGUACUUUAUGGAUGAGCUGAAAAGUAGGGAAGUGCUGCUAAGCAGUGUACAGGGGGGAAAGCAGAAAACUAAGGUGGUUAACGACGAGAUGGAAAGUGAGGAGGAGGAAAGUGACCACCACUAUGGCGGUCAUGAGCUGAACGGGGCGACCCUCCCCCCCCCGAGGAACAAAAUCAGGGAGCUAGAAAGGUCGUACCAUAGUUACAACCACUAUGUACUCCUCGGGAGUGAGGAAUCCAAAAUUUACAAGUACAACAUAACGAGGAAGUGCUGCGAGGGGGAAUUCAAAAGCGUCAAUGAGAACUGCAUCAUUUGGGACGUCCUCUACAUAUACAAGACGAAUGAAGUGGUGUGUGUAGAUAACAGUGGCUCCCUAACUAUAUUCGACAACAGCACCUUCAGCGUAAAAUACUUUUUCAACCACCACUUGUACAAGUCCGUAUCCUUAGCGAAGACACUGAAUGAGGAUUAUAUUUUCACGGCAGGUGUGGAUAGGUAUAUAAUAAAAUACGCCCUGACACGUGUACAUAGUGGAGGAGGGGUUCCCUCAAAUGGAAGCCUCAGACAAGACGUAGCUACGAUGGGGAAGCGAAACUACCAAAUGGUUAAUAUGAAAAUGGACGGUCAUAAAAUGAAAUUUAAUUACGCAUCAAUGAAUGGAGGUAACUACGAAGGAGGAGAAGAAGAUUUCUUCCUCCACAAGGUGAAAGAAGCGAAUGAACUAAAUAAUAGGUGGUAUCGCAUUAAUAAAAGGUCCACCCAUUUUUCAGACAUAAAAAAGAUCAUCCUCCUGAGGGGGGAUGUAAUCGUUAGCAUAAGUGAUGAUAUGACCUUCUGUCUGUAUGACAGUUUUAACCAAGUCAGUAAAUAUUUCCAAAUCGGUAACGCUGAGCUGAACAGGAAUGUGCACAUUUCGAAAAAUCUGAAAACCGUUUUUUGUACACACGCGUGGGGGGUAAGAAUUCACUAUAAUAGUAGCUCUAUCUGCGUGGAGGGGGGGAAUUCUCCACAGGAUGUUGGGCUACUCACUCCGAAGGACAUGGCAAAUAUUAGCGAAGUGAAUUACAAACACAUUGCCAACAUUUCCUACGGAAAAAACGAAUUUGUUAAUUCUUGCAUUGUGAAUGAAAGUGGGACGAAAAUUGCUUGUCGAACGAAUAGGAAGCUUUCCAUCUAUCACUUCAAUGUAGGUGACCUCACUAUAUACAACUAUGACCUUUCCAAGUUGGGCGCUUUUAAAGUGUACUCCUUCGAAUUUGUUAAAGACGACGUGGUCAUUCUUUCCUUUGCGAGGUGUCAUUUCGGCAAGGGGGAUGAGAAGAAAGACGUUGCAGGGGAGGAGGAUGUUGUUGGGGAGGACAACAAAGAGGAGACAUACGAAACGUACGAACAUGUGGAGGAUGACGAGAUGGACACACGUACAAAUAGACGAGAGUAUGUAUAUACCUACCAUGUGGCCAUUUACAAGAUCGACACGAAGGAAGUCAGGGAAGAAAUUCAAGUGGACAGAAUUCUCUGCAAUUUAAAAAAGUACAACAAUGGGAAAUUAAUCAUUUGCACGGAUGACCAAAAAAAUAUAUUUUUAUUUUUUAAAAAAUCUAAAAAGUAUUUGAAAAAAUGUUUCAGAAUUUUCGACUUCAAUUUAAGCAGAAGGAACAUCCAUCGGAGUUACUUGUUUUCCAUCGUCGUUGAGAAUUUGUUGUUCAUUUUUACGCUGGACAAUUGCGUCUACGUAUAUUCCCUGUUUUGGGGGAAGGGCAGUGGUUUGUCCUUCUUAAAGACGCAUGUUAUCAGAAAUUAUCAGCUCUGCGAGUAUAGGGAUGUCUCUCUGAUCGAUUUGGGUCGCCGUGUGGGGGAAGGGAAGAACGUGGGCGAUCAGAAAGGUGCUCACCAGGUGGAUGCGCCCAACCAGCCUCCGCCACCGCCACCACCACCAUCCUUCCAGAGCAAGUACUGCCUCCUCCUCCGUAGCUGUGACAGAAUGGGGUUACUAGGACUCAACAUACCUAACGACCUUUUCAUCAACGUCAAGUUAUCAAAUAUAGAAGAUGCCUUCAAGUACAGUUCAGGCAUGAUCGAUCAGUACUACCUGUCGUCACUUAAUUUUCGCUACAAUUUUCUAAACGCAAAGCAGCUGUACUUUGAGGAUGAAAAUCUUUACAAUAUGCUUCUGCACGAGAUGAGGCGGGAAAACAAGCGGGGGGAAGCCAUGCACCAGUUGGACACUGCUAAUCCGGUCCCUACGUAUGACGCCUUAAAAGGGGACAAGGAACUAACGGAGGGGCAACACACCCAGGAAGAGUUCACAAACGAGAAAGGUCCUGUCAGCACGGAUCUUCUACAACUCUCUUUCCAAUCUGUCAAGUAUCUAAAAAAGAAAAACAUCUUAAACGUGCGCGCUUUAUACACUUCACAGGGAGAUAUGGUGUUGCUUCUCUGUGUCCCCCAAAAUAUUGACUGCACGCUUAUCAGUGUGGCUGACACGAAGAAGUAUGUUGAGUAG